CGGGCGGCGGGAGCAGGCGGAGCGCCGCCGGGAGCGCACACCGGCGCCCUGCAGGACCGACUGGAAUGGGGCCUGAAUGGCGCCAAGAUGGGAGAGACCCCGAGCUGGGUCACGGGCGCUGCUGCCUCGGCCGAGAGGCCGGGCGGUGCUCGAGCAGGAGCGUCUGUCGUGGGUGCUCGUGCCGGUGCCUUCAUCCUCUGCCGGGGCUGCACGGACCGCCCCGCGCAUCCUUCCGCUGAAGGGAGCCAGAGCUGGGAACUGGCUCCGUCCUUCUGCACAGCCACAGCAGGAGUUUUCCCAGAAGUAGCCAGAAAGCUCCGGUAUUGCGGUGAGCUCCCAAUGCAAGAGCAGGGCUGCCGAGCUGCCACUGCAGCGUAAAAUGCUAAAUCACGGCUCUGAGUAGUGGCCAUGACUGAUCCCUUGGCACCCUCGCCCGCGGGCAGCCUGCGGAGCCCAGGGGAGGCAAGACUGGGCUGUGGUAGAGCAAACUGCACAAGCGCCCGAACCUCCCCCCAUCCCGCCCCGGUGCAACUCCCGGCCCGUUCGCGGGUGCCGUGAGCCCGGUGGCAGCCGGUGCGCCCCUGGAGAAAGGCAGGAGCCGUGCUUGCUGAAGCACUAAUCGCCUUUUUAGGGGUCUCAGCAGCCCCUCCGGCCCCACCGCGCGGUACCAGCAUCUCCUGUUGGACCGCCCCUGCUCCCGAGCCGGGGUUUGGCGGCAGGACGGUGCUGUCCCGCCCGCAGACCCGCUGGCCGCAGUGUACACGAGAUGGCGUGCCCUGGAAAUGACCGCGCCGGAGCCUCGCUACCUCCCUGAGCAGGGCCAGACAGCCCUUGCCAGGGUAGGACGGUCGGACUCACUCCGCUGGAAGCAUCGCCCAGCCGGAGGAAGUAGAGAGCAUCAGGAGAAAGGGAGAAACGGCACCUCUGGUUCGAGGGGGUUUCCAGAAGUGGAAGAAAGAUGUGAAGCCUUCAUGCAAGACCAGAAUUCCUCCCACCUGCUCAACACACUCUCUCAAGCCACUUCGCUGUCUGGAACUUCCCAGAUACAUUUCUCACUGAAUAACUGGAUCUCUGGUUACAGAUCCACUGCUCCUCCAAGCGGUCACACCAAAUUCCCAGGUCCUUUCCUGCCAGAACUGGAUGCACUUCCUGACAGAAGUAUGCUACUGCAUCUUUGCUUGCCUAUGCAAAGGAAUGGCAGGAUUUACUGUGAAACGAGGUGCAGGCAUGGCCUGACCACGGCAAAGCAGAUGGCAGAUGGCACUGCAGGAGCCACCACUGCUAACAACAGUUGCAGAGGGGCAGAUGGAGCAUGGGAGAUGCUGAAAAGGAAAACCAGUAGCAGGAGGUGGGAGAAGACAAGUAAACCAACAUGGAAAGCUGGCUAGAAACAGUUUGUUUGUUAGGAACAAGAUGGAAAAUUGCAUUGCAAGGAAAUAAACCACAUCUGAGCCGGAUGCCUGCAUCUCAGAAAAGCAACAAGGAGGAUGAUAGCUCCCAAAAGGAAACAGUGGUUGAUCUCUUUGCAGGGAAUGUGACAGAGGAGGGCAAAGGAAAGGCAACACUGAGCCAGAGUGCUGCUGCUCUUUUCUGACAGUUCACCUCCAGCUUCUGAGCCCAUCCACUUUGCUCUUUCACAAAAGAGACCUGGCAAAUGCUCAUUGUGCAGGAAGCUUCAGAGAGGUGAGGUUGCAGUGCCUUGGCAAGUGUGUCAGGAUGGAGACUCUCUACUUUUUUUAUUUUGUGGGUGAACAGCCCUGUGCAACCCUGAAGGGCAAUGGCAAAAUGCUUUGCUGGCUGAUGAGGUAGGAAAAGGGAAAAUAUGUCACUGCUUCAGAAGGAUCUAAAACCAGAGCUCCCCUUCAGCUUCCUUCCCCUCUCCAGGUGCCAGUGCCUGCAUAGAAGACAAGGGCAGUGGUGACUGGAAGACAUCUCCAGCAGAAUCCAGGGGAUAAGCAGCACCAAACCAAAAUCAUCAAGCAUAUAUCUCAUUUUGAAAAAAUUCGAAAAUAUUUUUUCCAUUUAGGAUUUAGCCCUCUUUACUUCAAAGCCAGAAGAGGGGACUCAAAACCAGCAUCAUGCUCCAAGUACUGCUAAUAUAAUGAUCCCUAGCAGCUGCCAUGCAGGAUUCUCCACUUGUAUUUGUUUUGCUUCUUUUGUGACAUUUAAUCAAAGUCUUGCUAUCCUAAAUAUUAAUUAAAGUGCUUGGAGACAAGGCCUAAAUUUCAUUUUGCCUCCCAAGUUCACCAGCUUCAUCCUCCUCCUCCUCCUCCUCCUCCUCCUCCAAAUAUGUUUUGCUAUAAAUUACUGGCACUGUUUCUGUUGAUAGUCAACAUAAUCAAACAUUUGUAAGCAUGCUGUCUCUUCAAUCUGUUCAGUUGAUGCACUUUACCUGAUCUUUCAUUAAAGUAAUCAAAACACUUGCUGUGCCACGUCUAAUGAAUGUUGCAUGUAUGAUUAAGUACUUUCAUUCAUAUUGCAAGUUUGAUUUAAUGUAAUCUGCCUUUCAGACAGCCAUUAGCCUAGCUCCUGCGUGAAUUCGAUUAAUUGGCUGAAUUCUUCCAGAUGUCCUUUAAGUAUUACAGGAAUUUCUAUGUAAAAACAGCAGGGACCAUCUAACAGAGAAGCAAACAAUGAUACGUUAUAUUGCUGCCAUGACUUACAAAAAGCUGGAUUCAUUUUCAUUAAUAAAACAUCUGUACUGCUGCACAGCUAUGCAUCAAGAUGCAUUUAUUUUAUAUGUUUAUUUCUCUUAUGACUAUAAAUAGACAGUUAAACAGAAGCACGGUAUGUUCAGUUGGAAGAUACACAAACAACUGUAAUAUCAGAGUUAGGACUUACAAAACAAGUAUCAUGUGUUGUAGCAAACAUGGCAGCAGCUUCUAUUGAUAUCUUAGGAUAAAGGCAUUUUUCUUAGAGCAUGAUGAAUUUGAAAGCAAUUGGUUCCUGGGUUGAAAUAUCCUAUGGCUUAUGUUUAUAUGGCUCAUUGUACCUUUAAGUGGGAGGAAAAAAUGCAGUUUGGCAUUUUUAAAUAGUAUGCAGUAAAGAGAAAAAGCAUUAUUAAAAUAAACAGUUUUUCUUAAUUCUCAAAAA